AUGGGACAACUUAAAGUUCUUGUCGUCGGCGCAGGCAUUGCCGGCAAUGCGCUAGCCUUCUGGCUCUCCAAGCUCGGCCACGCUGUCACGAUCAUCGAGCGACACCACUGCCUCCGGACCAACGGACUACAACUCGACCUUCGAGGCAAUGGCAUCGAGGUGAUGCGGCGCAUGGGUCUCGAACAGGCUGUUCGUGCAAAGUGCGUGCCCGAAGACGGCAUGGAGCUGGUGGACAGCUCGGGCCGGCGGCGGGCGUUCUUUGCCGCGAAUAAGUCGGGCAAGGGGGCCCAGAGCGUUUCCAGCGAGUUUGAGAUCAUGAGGAAGGACCUCUGCGUGAUUCUGCACGAUGCUGCUGAGAAGUUCGGAGCGAAGUAUGUUUUUGGAACGACGGUGGAGAGCUUCCAGUGGACGGGCAAUAGUGUAGAGGCCAGCUUUGCAGAUGGCAAGAAGGAAAUCUUUGACCUUAUGGUCGGCUGUGAUGGCCAGGGGUCGCGCAUUCGAAGGCUGAUGCUCGGUGAUGGAUCUGCCGGUCAAGCCCAGGACCCGAUUGUGACGCUCGGUGAGCGCAUAGCAUACUAUACAAUCCCUCGUCCGGCGAAGCAAGAAGGCGCAUACAUCGCCACCACGUACCUGAUGCCAGAGAAGCGGUUCGUGAUAACGCGGCGUCACAACCUCCAGGAAAUGCAGGUGUAUCUGAGAUGUGAGGCGCACUCUGGACCAAUGGAGGGUGUCAAAAGAGGGGACGUCAAGGCGGAGAAGGAGGCGUUCGCGAAAAUGUUUGAAAGCAGCGGGUGGGAGACCGAUGACUUGGUUAAGGCUCUCAAGGAGGGCGGCGAGGAUUUCUAUUGCCAGUAUUCGAGCCUGGUCAGGAUGGAUAGCUGGUCACGCGGCUGUGUGACGCUCGUGGGCGAUGCUGGAUAUUGUUGCCCACCGGAUGGGUUUGGGACCAGUGUGGCGCUGAUCGGCGCUUAUAUUCUAGCUGGCGAGAUUCAGCGGUGCUGUCCUGCAAAGGGUGAAAGUGGUGGCAACGAUGCGGACAACGGAGUGCAGGCUGCGCUUCAGGGAUACGAACAGAGAUUCCAGCCUUACAUGAAGCGGAUACAAGCAAAAUACUCGACCGAGCCAAGUUCAUUCGACAAGAUUCCGUGGACGCCGCUCACUGUUGGCAUUUUCUACCGUCUCGCGGGGAUAGUUUCAUUCUUGAAGUUGGACAGAAUUGCUUCUCGCUUGAUGCCCUUGGAGAAUACCCACGGUUGGAAAUUACCGGAGUACCCGCAGAUGAUCAAAGGUUAG